CUGCGCGCUCCUUUCGCGCUGCACAAAUCAUAGUUCAAACAGACAUUAAAUCAACAUUUAAUUAACAUUAAUUUGAGUGCAUUCGAAAUAUUUAACAAUGUGCACAAUGUGUAAUAAAAAGGCAUUAGUGUCGUUUACGCGAUGUGCCAGUAAAAAUGUGAAAAUUAAGAAAACUCCAGUGAUAAGUGGCUUUCAGACGUUUAGUGGUACCACAAUUGACUCUCAGUGCCCUACAUGGCAAAUAGUGGUACCCCUCUAUAUUAGACGGAAACGUACUAAAGGCAAACGUCGAUAAAAAUGCAGACCAAAACGCAACACUGGAAAAUGUUUGCGAACAGCUGACUCGAUGCAUACAGCCGCUAGAGGGCGCAUCGCGCAUAUCGAACGCUGUGCGUUGGCAUUGCCAACUGCCAUCAAACGCCAUAUUUGUUUCUGCCUGGUGCCUGCUUCUAUGGUGCUUGGUGUUUGAGAGUAAUGAAAGCGAAUUUUCAUGCAAACGUCGUGGACAUUUAAUUAAAUGCAUCAGCAUAUUUUAACACAAGUAAAGAAAUAAAGCAUAAAAAUGCGUUAGAUAAGUGCGAGUGUGUGUGUUUUAUACAAAUUUAUUUAAAGAGUUGGAAGCAACACAACAAAUUGGCCAAGGCCCAAAAAAGGUAAAAUAGACUGAACGACUGCGAACAGGAAAAUUGCGCUGCUGCCUUGUGACGUCACAGACAACACACGCACAGUUUACAGUACACAGAGCAUAAAAUGGGUUAUACAAAAUGUCUUCCAUUUGUCUGAUGUGUUGUAGUGCGCCAUGGAACAAUAUAUUGCCAUUGAGGACAUGGAGAUGAAGCCCGUUUAUUCGGAUCUGCAGGUGGUGCAAGUACCACACGACGAAGUAGGUUCCUUGGUGCUGCAAGAUGAUCAGCAACUAGUGUUCAACGAUCAGCAGCAAGUGGUUUAUCAAACAGCGGCACCAGCGCAGUAUCAGCAACCACAACCAACGGCAACCGCAAGUCAUUACAUUACCCUUGGUGCUGAUCUGCAACAGCAGCAGCAACAACAACAGCAGCAGCAGCAGGAAGUGCAACAACAGCAGCAGCAACAGCAGCAAGUUGUCAUGCAUCAUCAGCAUCAGCAAGUUCAUUAUCAGCAGCAGCAGCAGCAACAAGAAGUUCAACAGCAACAACAGUUGCAUCUAGAGCAGCAGCAGCAACAAUAUGUGCAACAGCAGCAACAACAACAACCCGCCAUUCAACAUACUCAACAAAUCUAUUACACAUCUGAUCAGGUGUUACAAUCGAAUACAAUUGUGCAACACGCCUCCAUGCAGCAACUGCAACAGCAGCAGCAGCAAAAGAAACAACAGCAACAAGUGCUGCAGCAGCAACAGCAGCAAUACCAACAACAGCAGCAACAACAUCCCGCCUAUCAGCAACAAAGCACGUCUCUGGUGCAAGCAGCACCGCAACAACAACCGCAACUUCUGCAGAGUCCACAGCAUCAGCAGCAAACGUUACAGUUGCAAACGUCACCUGCCCAGCAGCAGCAACAGCAGCCACAACAUCAGCAGAUUGUCUACCGCAUGACGACCACGCAACAACAACAGCGGCAGAUACAAAUGCUAAACAACACACAUGUGAUAGUUCAACAGCCAACUGGACCUCCGGUAUUGAUACAAGCACCACAGCACCAGGAAUUGAUGUUGCGACAGGCAACAGCGAUACCGCAGCAAGGCAUCAACAUACAUUCGUAUAACAAUCGGUUGGUGUAUACAACAUCGCCACAGCAGCAGCAACAACAGCAGCAGCACGUGUUGCAUAACGUGCAACAACAGCAGCAGCAACAGUUGCAACUGCAAGCACAAACCGCACACUUGGUGCAAACUCGUGUUGUGCCACAGCAAACGAAUAACGUGGUCUUUCAGCAAGUGCAGAUGCAGAAGACGCCUCUGCAACAGCAGCAACAACAACAACAGCAGCAGCAGCAACAACAACAACAGCAGCAGCAACAACAAGCUGUGCAGCAGCCACAAUUAGUGGCAACUACUGCUCAAUUGGUGCGCUCGCCAUUUCGAGGCAAGUCUCCGCGAGGCGGCGCCGUCAUUGCUCGCCAUCCAGCGGGAACUGUGAUUGCCACACGACCCGCAGCACCAGCGACUGUGCGGCACGUGCGUCCACGAGGCGGCGGCGUUCCAACUGUGGCCGGCAGCAUUGUGCGCAGCAUGCGACCACAAGGUGUGCGUCCAGCGCGCGCUCAGCUCGUGCUGCAGACGAGUACAGCAGGCGACGGACAAACGAUGCAGAUUGUGACGCAGACAACCAAGCAGAUAACCAUCACGAAUCUGGGGCAGCCGACGGCGCCUGGACAACAGAUGCAACCGCGUCAAGUCUAUCGGCAUGUGAUCACCGAUGCAGCCGGCAAUCCGCAGCAGCAGCCACAGCAACAACAACAGCAGCAUCCGCCCAUGGUGUUGAUGCGCCAACCGUUGCGCUAUCGUCCAGCGGUGCCCACACAAACUGUGGUGGCACCAUCACCGAGCACAAGUGGCGGCUUGGUGGGUGAUCUGGAGGAGCGCAUACAAGCAGCCGUUGUGAAGAAGGAGCAGCAGCAGAAGCCAGCGGGAACUGUGGCAGUGGCAACAACUGGUGGCAUUCCCAUGCAGCUGGCGACAGCGAGUCAUGGCAACAGCACCACGCUGACCACUUACUAUCAGCCCAGCUCGGCGGCCAACAGCAGCAGCGAGGAGGAGCAACAACAACAGCAACAUCAGCAGCAACAACAACAUCCGCAACAGCAACAACAGCCAGUUGUACGCACAGCAGGAGGCGCCAGCAUGAGCGUGGCUGAAUUUAAGAAGCGUCAAACAUUGACCAGUUCACCAGCGCCAAAUGCCACUCAAAACGCAGCAGGAUUGACGCAGAUGCGGCAACAAACACCAGGCACUCUAGUGCGCACCAUGGUGCCCAAGCAACAACAGCAGCAGCAACAACAACCACAACCAGUGCAGCAGCAACAGCAACCUAAUCCUGCAGCUGCGCCACGAUUGCUGCCACAGCCGCCACCUCAACAGCAGCGCGUACAUGCUGCCGCACAGGCAGCGACAGCGACGCCACCACAGUCCUCUUCCGUGCAACAGACGUCGCACAACAACUACGAGAUACACUCGCAACACGUGCUGAACAAUCGAGCCGGUCAACCGAUUGCUGAUCGCGAUCGUAACAGUGCCAAGAUGCUGGUGAUACUCGCUUCGGGGGAGCAGCGUCUGAUCACAUUCACCUUACCCAGAGAGUCCUGCACGGUGCAGGAUUUGCUGGAGCAAGUGUGCGUGCCUUUUGAUAACACCACCACCAUCCAAUGUGUGGAGCAUCGCGGUGCCAAUGUGGACUUUGUGGUCACUGUGGGCUUCUCCGUCAACGAAUCUGCCAGCGAGCUCAUCUCACGUGCCGAGGAGAGUCUGCAGAUGAACAGGCAACAGGAGAAUGCGGCGGCCGCUGCUGCAGCGGCGGCAGCAGCAGCAGCUGCAGCUUCAGCCAACACAACUGCCACGCCCACUACGUACGCCCAACAACAACAACAGCAGCAGCAGCAGCAACAACAGCAGCCCACAAAUGCUGCCGAGCAGCUGAAGCGAGAAGCGAACAUUGCAUCGUCAGCAACUGCAGCCCAAAACGAAGGACCCAAGCUCAUAGAUGGCUACUAUGCUGUGUGUCAACUGUGCGGCUUCACGGGCAUGGAUCAUGCCAAGUGUGAGCGUUGCAAACGCGUCUUCCAGGAGCCUCCCAAGCGUAAAUCUUAUGUGACCAAAUCGAAUACCAAUUCAGCCGGGAUGGGCAGCGUUGGCGUUGCUUCCUCCUCGACCGCCUCACCUGGUGGUGAGCUGGUAACGACGGCAGCGGACAAGAAACGUGAAUUGGCACGCUUGAAGCAGGCUGCGGCAGCAGCAGCCGCCGGAGGAAGCGUCACCUUUGCACCGGGCACAGGCAACGUGCGGGGCAGGGGCAUGGCGGCCAUUAGGGGCGGAAGAACGCGCAGUGGACGUCGAGUAGCCGAAGUUGAUCCCGUAGUGCUGCUGAGCAGUGAGGAUGAAGCUGAGCAGGAUGAUGGCAAUGCCGAUGGCAGCGCUGCGAACAAUUCGAAGCGCAGUACCAAUGGCAAUACGAAUCAAUUGUUUGCCUGCGAACCAAUGCUGCCCGAUGUGGACGAGGAGGCGCUUUACAAAGAUUUUGUGCGCGGCGAUGUAACAGAUCAAACGGAUGCAGCCCAGGGCGAAGCAUUCACAACGGAAUUAAAUUGCAAGUGUCUGCGUCUGUUCCCAUAUCGCUUUGAAGUCACCGAGCCGGUAAAAUUCACGUCGAAGGGCGUGCGCAUAGCGGGCAUUCUGCCCGAUAAGGAUGCAAAGUUUGUGCUGAAUAUUUACAAGCGCGAAGUCAUCAAAGUGAUUGCUCAUUUUGCCAGCUCGGAGCAGGCUCAGCCGCUGGUCACACUCUAUAUGCUGAAGCGUUGCGCACAGUACGUGAAGACGCAGCUGCAGCUGCCUGACGAUACGGGCAACGAACAAUUAACCUUCAAGGGCAAUGGAAGUCUGCAUGAGCGUCGUUUACUAUUUGUGUUUGAUAGCAUUAAUUUCUCGGCACGCGAAACUAUCAAGUCAAUGUUCAACUUUGUGGAUGAGAUCUCCACAAGCGAUGCGGCCGAAAUCUUUGAACGCAUCGCCGACUCGGAUCGCAAGGAACUGGAGAAGACGAAACAAAUGCCGCCAAGGCAACUGCGACCGGAUGAACAAAUCAGUCUGCUGAUGUAUCCUCCUAAGGGAACGGGUGGAUUGUGCAUACGCAUGGAGGAUUAUGUGUGCCUCACCAAGGAAUCAUAUUUGAAUGACAUAAUCAUUGAUUUCUAUUUGCUCUGGCUGCGAAAUACGCUUAUCCCGGAAGCGCUGCGCGAACGUACACACAUUUUUAGCACCUUCUUUUACAAACGACUCACAACGCUGACGCGUCCCACGGACAUGAAGCAGACAGCGGCCCAGAAGCGUCAUGCGCGUGUGCAGAAGUGGACAAAACUGGUGGAUAUCUUCGACAAGGACUUUAUCAUUGUCCCUAUCAAUGAGCAAUCGCAUUGGUUCCUAGCCAUUAUCUGUUUCCCCUGCCUCAAGGGGCCCGUUACCUAUGAUACCAAUCAGCCGGUAGAGCCUCAACAGCUGAAGCGACCGCGUGGCAAGAAAGUGCCAAUGCAGAUUGGCAACACAACUAUUACACCACUAGCAAAACGCGACUCCGUCACGUUGCCAACGAUGCCCAGCGAAAUUUGUCGCAUUGCCGACGAUGAGAGCGAACGCGACGAAGCGGAAGGUGACGAAAGUGAUAUGGCAUCUGAGGAUAGCGAGAACUCCAAUCCACCAAUAAGCAAAGAUGGCACGGCAGCAUCGGCAACGACGCCUUCGCCAGCACCAACGCCACAGGCUUCGGCUGGACCCGCCCGCGUCACCAACGACGAUGUGCCGGCUGUUAAGCAGCCAUUGAUAUUGAUAUUUGACUCUUUGGCGGGAGCCUCACGUAGUCGAGUGGUGGCAACGCUGCGAGAUUAUCUUACGUGCGAGUAUAAGGUGAAGAAGCCGGAUGCGCAGGCGCACAUUUUCAACAAGGACAACAUGCCGGGCCAUUGUGUCAAGGUGCCACAGCAAAAUAACUUUACCGACUGUGGCCUUUAUCUGCUGCAGUAUGUGGAGCAGUUCUUUAAGGAACCCAUCAAGGAUUAUCGGCUGCCUAUCAAGCAGCUUACCAAUUGGUUCGAUUAUCUGACUGUGACCAAGAAGCGUGAGGAUAUUGCUCAGCUAAUACAGCAACUAAUGGACGAGAGCAAUGGCAAUCAGCGUCUGAUAUUGCCAGUGAUUGAGUUCCCCACGCUUAAUGGACAGCUUGUCGAGUACCCCGAGGAGACGGAAAGUGCCGAAUUCGAGGAGGAAGAGGGACACGACGACGAAGAGCACGCUAGCGAUGCGCAUGAUGAUAGCGGUAAUACUGAGAUGGAAGUGGAUCCUACGGCCGAAGAGUUGCAGACUGCAAAGGCUGCGGCACAGUCAUCAACUGCAGCCACUGUCACCACGAGCACGACCACAACGACUGUGCUGCCUGGAACUACCACAGCACGUCGCUUUGUGCUAAAGCGUCGUUUGCAGAACGGAGCUGUCGGCAGUCCAAGCGGCGCCAAUGGGGCCGACAACAACACUGGAAACCAGAUGGUGCCUCAGUUGAUUAGCUCUCCCGCCCUUAGUGUGGGCGCCAGUAAUAACACAAGUAAUACCGUCUCCUCACCGAGUAAUCUACUAACGAAUCGGAUGGCUGGCGUUGGUAGCGGAAGUCUGAAAAUACGCAAGAUUGAACCAUAGCAUCUGGGACCCGAUCCCAUUGCCGAUAUCCCGCCGUUGCAGUUGCUACAGCUGUUGCGUCCGUUGUAAAUAUGAAAGAGACACAUGAAUAGAUUUGUAAUUGAUAAAUGUAAUUGAACACUACCUAAAAUAAAUUUAAAUAUUUUAAAGACCUA